UCGCCAAGCUCUCCGUUCCCUUCUCCUCCGUCUUGGAUCCUCUCGAGCGGUUGUCGGCAUGCCGAAGCACUACCGUCCUCCGGGGAAGAAGAAGGAGGGGAACGCGGCCAGGUACAUCACCAGGACCAAGGCUGUUCAUUACCUCCAGACCAGUCUCUCCAGCUUCAGGAAGCUAUGUAUUCUCAAGGGGAUAUUCCCUCGGGAACCCAAGAAGAAGGUCGAGGGAAACCACAAGACUUAUUAUCAUAUGAAAGAUAUCGCCUUCCUGGCUCAUGACCCCCUGAUUGAAAAGUUCAGGGAUAUAAGGGCCCAUAAGAGAAAGAUCAAAAAAGCUUUGGCGAAGAAGAACAGAGAUCAAGCAAAUCGGUUGCUGAGCCAACAGCCAAAAUACAAGCUUGAUAGACUUAUCUUAGAGAGGUAUCCCACUUUUGUGGAUGCUCUUCGUGACUUAGAUGACUGCUUGACUAUGGUACAUCUUUUCGCGGCACUGCCUGCUGUUGAGGGCGAGAGGAUUCAAGUGGAGCGUAUCCAUAGCUGCAGAAGGUUAAGUCAUCAAUGGCAAGCCUUCAUUUCCCGAACCCAUAAGUUGAGGAAGACUUUCAUAUCAGUGAAAGGCAUAUAUUAUCAGGCUGAGGUUGAGGGUCAAAAAAUCACUUGGUUAACACCGCAUGCACUGCAACAAGUUUUGACAGAUGAUGUUGACUUCAAUGUCAUGCUUACCUUUUUAGAGUUCUAUGAGGCACUGCUUGGAUUUGUGAAUUUCAAGCUUUAUCAUUCCAUAAAUCUAAACUACCCACCUAUUUUGGAUCCUCGGCUGGAAGCUCUUGCAGCUGAGCUCUAUGCAUUAUCUCGAUAUGUAGCCACCAGCUAUGGAGCCCAGCCUAAAAAUGUUCAAGCGAUAGAUUCUUCUCAAUCUGACCAAACUGAUGCCGGAAAAAAUGAGACCAGACCUGAUGAGUCUGAACUGAGGUUAGCUCAGCUUCAGCAUCAGCUUCCCGCCAAUGAACCAGGUGCAUUAAUGCAGAUGGUGGAGGAUGCCACCUCAAAGGAGGACGACGAUGAUGAUGAAACGAAAGAGUGCAAGUAUCUUUUUAAAGAUAUGAAGUUUUUCUUGAGUCGUGAGGUUCCAAGAGAGUCAUUACUUUUUGUAAUUCCAGCUUUUGGGGGUGUUGUCUCUUGGCAUGGUGAUGGUUCUCCCUUCAGUGAAGCAGAUGAGGAUAUCAUGUAUCAGAUUGUUGAUAGGCCAGUCCAGGGCCAUCUAUUUCUCUCUAGGGAAUAUAUUCAACCACAGUGGGUUUAUGAUUGUGUAAAUGCAAGGAUGAUUUUGCCAACAGAGCCGUAUGCUGUUGGAAGGAUUCCCCCGCCUCAUUUGUCUCCUUUUGUUGACAAUGAAGUUGAAGGUUAUGUUCCUGAGUAUGCAGAGACCAUUAAACGGCUGAAAGCUUCUGCAAAAGAGCAAGUUUUACCAUUACCUGGUGCAGGUAGUGAUGAAUUGGACAAUUCACAAAAUCUUUUGGUUGAAGGUAUCAUAGAUCGGGCAGAAGCUAUUGAAGCUGAGGAAAAAAAGCGAAAGUUGUCAAUGCUAGAGAAACAAUACCGUGAUGAAUUGAACAUGGAGUUCAAGGGCAUCAAUUACUCGGCCUCUCUGCCAAAUAGGGGAUCAUCUGAUGAUAAUGUUGUUGAGGAAGAUACCACCACCACCAAUUUAGAGCAAAUUGCUGAGGAUGCUCAGAACAGGUCUAAAAUUUCCAUGUCACGGAAGAAGAGGAAGAUUUAUGAAGCCAUGCAGAUUAGCAAAGAACGGAAGAAGGCGAAUGUUGAUCUUCUCAAAGAAAGAAAGAAGAAAGCAGAAGAGCAAGGGAGAACCAGAUGAUAACUUUUUCCUAUUUAGUGCUUGCAGGUGCUCAUGUUAUCAGCGAGCAUUAUGGGUCAUCUGUUUUUUCAUGUUUGUUGCAUGUGUUGAGAAGGAUAGCCUGCUUGAAAUGUAUUAUUACGCAAUUUUGCCCUGUAGAUUUCUUUGAAAUACCAAGUCAUGAGAUGUCUCUUCUAUUUUGUUCUGUCUGGGCAAUCAACUGUAGAGCCUAAAAAAGAACUAUGGUUUACUGUAGCGUAGCAAGCAGUUCAGUUGGUACUAUUACCUUAAGUUUUUCAGAAAUUGUUGUAUUUUGUGAGGGUAUAUCUUAUUGAAAACUUAUGUUCAAAUC